ACACCUCAUCCAAGCAAAUAACAAGUUGUAGAAUUCUAAUUAAGCAAUAAUGAGAACUGCUAAUUUCCUUGUAGCUCUUGCAGUCUUGGCUUCGGCAUUCUCUUUUGCGAUGGCUUAUGACCCUAGUCCUCUCCAAGACAUUUGUGUUGCAACCAAUGAUACCAAAUAUGGUGUGUUCGUUAAUGGAAAAUUUUGCAAAGAUUCAGAGAAAGUGACAGCAGACGAUUUCUUUAUUACAGGGCUUAACGUUCGUAAACAAACCUCAAAAGCAUUAGGCGUACGUCUCACUCUCUCAACCGUAGAUCAAGUUCCAGGACUCAACACUAAUGCCUUAUCCAUAGUCCGAAUUGAUUUUGCACCAAAUGGCAGUCUAAACCCACCCCAUCUUCACCCUCGAGCUGCAGAGAUACUGACUGUGUUAGAAGGAACUCUUUAUGCAGGUUUUAUUACAGGAAAUCCUAAUCACCGCCUUUUCGCCAAGAUCUUAAAGCCAGGAGAUGCGUUUGUGUUCCCACAUGGCCUCAUUCACUUCCAAUUGAAUAUUGGCAAGACCCCUGCAGUUGCUCUAGCUGUAUUGAAUAGCCAAAAUCCAGGAGUUGUUACUGUUGCCAAUACAAUAUUUGGAGCUAGCCCAUCUGUAAAUCCUGAUGUUCUGACAAGAGCAUUCCAUCUUGAUAAGGAUUUAGUGACUAAACUUCAAAAAGAAGAAUGGGUUGAUCCAGAUCAGCUUUAUUAAUUAAUUGGGUUUUAGUUUUAAUUAAUCCCUGAAAUUCUGCAAGCAGAAAAUUAAUUAAUAUCCUCAUAAAUAAUUCACUAAAUUGUAGUAAAUAAAAAGAGGAUAUAAUUUCUUGCUUUUCAUUUUAUUACGUGCAUGCAUUUUUUUUUUUUUAAUCUCAAAAGAGUGUAUUGUAGCAUAAUAAAGGCGAGGAUGCUUAAAUAUAUGCCUCUCUCACCAAUUUCAUGUUAUUUUAAGUGAUGUGUACUAUUGCAAGUUGUUUAA